AAUCAAAAAAUUAAAAAAAAUGAAAAUUUUCCUCAUUUUUGCACCAAUUUUUGCCUAUAACUCGGUAGGUAUCCAACGGAUCGCCAAUCUUUAACUUGUGGUCGAUAGAUGGCAUCAAUGGCUACAUUUUCUUCUUGGACGACCAUGCCCUCAGAUGUCUGUGCCAGAAGUUAUUCGAGGAAGCAAGUUCCUUACCCUGUUUGAGAAAAUGUAAAAAUUUUCUCAUUUUUCUGCAGUUCAGCAAAAUUUUUAAAUGUGAUAUAUUUUAUUGCGAAUUUGUUGCAAUAAGUUUCUUUUCACUCAAAUAAUGCUUUAAAUUAAAAAAAGAAUAAAAAAUCAGAAAAAAAUUUCAAAAAAAUUUUCCACUCGAAAAUUUCAUAAGGCUUACCCCUUACGAUUUUUUUGGGAAAUUUUGCAAAAAAAAUUAAAUUGUUUUAUUUUAAUGCCAAUUGGUUGAAAUAAGUUUCUUUUCAUUCAAGUAAUGCAUUAAAUAAAAAUAUAUAAAAAACUAAGUCGGUCGCAAACGCGACAAUUGCAAAGUAUGUAGUGACGGGGUUAAAGACGUUAAACGUUAAAAUAAAGAGAAUUCUACAGUACGUUUAUACAGGAAAAUAAAAAAAUCUAUUCAGACGAUUAAGAAUUCUGUUAACUAGUUUAGAAAGAAUACACCAAUAGAUAAAUGGGUAUGUAUGGAGACUUAAACGCUGUGCUCUUCGUUUUCACAUCGUUGAUAAUGUUCUCAAUUCUCAAUCUCAAUCUCAAUUUAAAAUCAAAAGAUACAUAUCACAUUAAUAACUGGCUUUAUGCUCCAAACACACGCAUUUUUUUCUAUUGUUUAACAAUAAAAGGCUGGUUUAACAAUAAAAGUGCAACAAAUCGAAUCUUUGUUCGAAAUGUCCGCCUGGUUUCCCACCGUGGUCCAGUAGUUCAGUCUUUGACCGUUUCGUUAAGAUGCCGUCGCUAGCAGUAGCGACAAUAUUUCGUUCAACGUCGUGCGCUGCAGCUCGUCACGGUAAAAUGUGCAAUUGAAGGUGUGUUUGAAUUUUUUGAACUUUUACAAAGCAUAAAGAGGAGUUUUGCAAAGUGUGUUUAGUGUGUAAUUCUAGCAGGUCGAAAACCAACCAUUACUGGAUCGGGAAUUGUGUACGUAAGUAGUCCGUGUGCUUAUUUUCGGUUUCGCUGGCUUCAGCGUUUGCGAGCAGCGAGCGGGGAGUCUCAUUAACGUAUUUCGUUUGAAAUGCUAACAUCGAAAAUCGUGCACGGGUGACUUUGAUAGUGAGAAAACUUUUACUCUACUGGUGUGCUGUUCAUCGGUGUGCAAGUGUGUCCGUAAAAUUAGGACAUUGUUUAAAUCGGUCCUGGGUACGGCAUUAUGUUCCCUUUCUCCUCCCUGCAAGUCGAGUAUAGCAAUUUUCAUCGUUCAUCGCAAAUCAUGUCGAACGCCCUGAGCAUGAGCAACUCCGGCUUUCCACAUUCGUGGAUCGUCUCCGGGCAGGACUUUUGUCCGAUAACGUAUUCAUCGAUACAGGGCCACAAUUCGGGCGUCUCGAGCAAUCUCGCAACGGUUGAACCGGGUCUGAUCGAGCUGCGGAAGGAAAAGUCCCGGGAUGCCGCACGCUCACGGCGCGGUAAGGAGAAUUACGAAUUUUACGAACUGGCAAAGAUGUUACCGUUGCCGGCAGCGAUCACCAGCCAGCUAGACAAGGCGUCCAUUAUACGGCUCACGAUCAGCUACCUGAAGCUGAAGGAAUUUAGCGAGAACGGUGUACCGUCUUGGUGCAAGGACCCUAUCGGCUUCCAGAACUACAAUGCACCACAAUACUUUAACGAGAUGUUCGAAACACACCUCGGUACGCACAUCCUGCAGUCGUUGGAUGGGUUCGCCAUCUCUACCGGAGUUGACGGCCGCUUCCUCUACAUCUCCGAGACGGUUUCGAUCUAUCUCGGGCUGUCGCAGGUGGAGAUGACCGGCAGCAGCAUCUUCGACUACGUGCACAAAAAUGACCACGCGGAAGUGGAGCAACAGCUCGGCAUCAAGAAGGGUGCGGAGUAUGCGAGCUACGGCGGGUACGGUGAUGACCCGCCAGCCGAGAAGGCAACCGUACUGAAGCUCGGCAAGGAUGCCCCGGGCGGGAAAGGUCUGCUACCGGGCGAAUCCUACGAAGGUGAUGAUCGUGCGUUCUGCAUCCGGAUGAAGUCAACACUGACCAAACGCGGUUGCCACUUCAAGUCGUCCGGCUACCGGGUAAUACUGCUGCUGUGCCAUCUACGCAAGAAGGGUGCGGGCCAGGAGGAUGCACACACCGACAAGCAGACGGUGAUUGGGAUGGUUGGGAUUGGGAUCGCGCUCCCACCACCGUCACUGCACGAGAUCAAGCUCGAGUCGGACAUGUUCGUGUUUCGAACCAGCCUUGACCUGACGAUCAUUCACUGCGAGAACAGGAUUUCCAGUUUUCUGGACUACACCGCGGACGAGCUGAAUGGGAAGAGCGUCUACAGCCUCUGUCAUGGUCAGGAUGCGCACAAGCUGAAGAAGAGCCACAGCGAGCUGAUCCAGAAAGGUCAGGUACUGACACCGUUCUAUCGCAUCCUCAACAAGAAUGCGGGCUACUUCUGGAUCCAGUCCUGCUGUACGAUGGUGUGCCAGACGAAGAAUAUGAGCGAUCAGACGGUGAUCUGCGUCAACUACAUCAUCACCAAGCCGGAAAAGGAAAACCUCAUCCUAGACAUCUCCCAGAUACCGUCGGCGGCGGGCGUACUUGGCGACUACCAUGCGAAACCCCUGUCAGCAGGCAGUGCAUCCGGUGCCAAAAAGUCUCAACCGGGUGGACCGACCGAGUACGAGCUGGAAACCGGUGGUGUCACACAUCCCCAUGCCCACCAUCAUACCGGUCCGGACGGGUACCAUCUCGAUGGUGGUGCAUCGCACAUCGACCACAAGUCGGAAAUGCUGGAAAAGUCCGGUCUCGGGAAGGGUGGACUAGCGAUGGCAUACGGUACCACCACCGACAAGAAGGAUCUCGACUACAAGGACAAGCUACACGAGCGCGAAAAAGGCUGCAGUAACAGUAAGCACCAGCGUCUCAAAAGUGGCAGCCCAAUGCUUAAUCUACCGAACGAGAAUGGUACGCUCGAGAAGAAGUCGUCCGGUGGUAAGAAAAGCGUCAACAAUCGAGCCAGCGUAAUCCGGGUGUUAAGCAAACCGUCGAAGAAGGUACUGCAGGAGUCGCACUAGACAUGCGAAAUGGCCCACACACACAAUCAAUCCCGCAAUGCUGCGAUCAACCACUUUUUACCAUAUUUUUUAGUAUUUAGUGCAAAGGACGGAAUGCCGUCUGCUCUCACAACUUCCACCUUUUCCGAGCCGUUUUUUUUCUUCAUAUUUGUUUAUUAGGAUGUAGAAUGCGUAGUAGUAGUUUUCCCUAGUUGUUAGUUAAUAGUGAAUCAUCUUUACUACUUUUGCAUUCGUAUUUCUGUAAGAAGACGACACUAAAAACAUACACGCACGUUAUGUUUAUGUAAGACAAUUAUGAUUUGAGUUAAAUAGUUUUUUUUAUUUCGCUUGGUUUACAUAUUGCCAUACGCCGGAAGGACAAAAGUACAGCGGAAUCGGGAGCAGUGGAAGAUAGAGAGAGAUAUUGAAGGAGUGCCAGAAAAAGGGCGUAAAAGAAGAAACGGAAAGGUUUAGAAGUUUUUCAUUAAAAUACGCGACAGGGAUGGCUCUAAAAAUGCUGCACACUUACGGAUACACGCCCAAAAAGGAAUGGAAUGGCGUUGGUUUUCGGUAAUAAAAAAAAUUGCUAGUGCUUCCUUGAGCCUCCCACGCUCACUUACCCUGUACACACAUCCACACACACUCACACAUUCACACUAUAACUUCCUUCACCUGCCACUUAUUCUGCUCUUUCUUCUACACCCCCGCGCUCCUCAUCUCUCCCUCUCUCCUACCCUUUUCCCAUGUUCCCCAACCCUCCUAACCCUCCUUCCUUUUAGUACAUUUAUAUAUGUAUCUUCCUGCCGCUCCAUGCGCUCCGUUUAACUACUUUCUAUAAUAUAAUAAACCUUGUGUAAAGCAAUAUCAAAAUGAAGCACUGUAGGAGUUUUUGCAAGCUAUAAGUAAGUAAAUCGAAGAAAUCAGAAUUCAUGUGUGCUUCAAACAAUGCAUCAAGCGUCGCGAUAAAUAACUAAGAAAAUGCUAAACUUUAUGAUAAAAAAACA